CCAAAACAACCACCAAUGAGGAAGAAAAUUAACUAUCCCAGCCAAAACCUGUAUUUUCGAUUAAAAACCCCCGGAGGUGGCCCGGUCGGGAUUCGAACCGCGGUUCUGGAGCUCGGCCCCGCCCCGGGCGGAAGCGGAAGGGCGGGGCUGAGCCCGGCGCGGCGGAGCGGUGCCAUGGAGUCGCGGGCGCUGCGCUGGGAGACGCUGGCGGCUCUGAGCUCCUCCAGCAAGGGCCGCCUGAGCUACGGCCGCCGCUGGCCGCACGAUGAGGAUCUCUUGGAAGGCUGCAUGUCUCCCGUCGUGCUGUCCCCGUACUCUGGCUGGGUCCUAGACAGAGUGGUUGGGCAAUCGGCGCCAGAAAUCGCACCCUCCAGAAGUUCAACGCCUAAAGAACCCGCUCCCCUCACAAACGGGUCGUCUCCUCUGGAGGUCACACCCGCCAGCUGCCGGGGCUCUUCGCCACUUCCACCUGCACAGCCAAGCGAAACAAAGGGAAAUGGAGAUCUUGGUCUGCUGGAAGUGGAUCACGAAGUCUUUCCAGCUGUUCUGCCGUGUAAAGUCACAGAAGUCGAAGGCUGCAUUCGGAUGUACGAGGAGAUGCACAGGCUGAAAGGAAAGGAGGGGCUCAGGCAGCGGCAGGAGCAGCAAGAGCAGAUGGUGAGGGCAGUGUCCGACCUGGCAAGUGAACAACUGAAGCGCUUUGAUGAACUGAAGGAGCUAAAGCAGCAUCAGGAAUUCCAGGAUUUGCAAGAAGUAAUGGAGAAGAGCUCAAAGGAGGCGCAGGGGCAGCAAGAGAAGCUGAAGGAAGAACACAGACACAGAGCAAAGGUAUUAAACCUCAAGCUGCGCGAGGCAGAGCAGCAGAGGCAGCGUCAGGAAGAGCUGGAGCGCUUGCGCAAGGAAGAGGGGCAGGAAAGGUUGCGCCGCCUCUAUUCCAUCCAGGAGGAAGUUCUGCAGCUCAACCAGCAGAUUGAUCCCAAUUACAGACACAAAGACCUGCCAAGGAUCGACCUUUCUGCAUACAGUAAUCGUGGCAACCAGAUCUGUGGGCUGGUGUCAGGACUCAUCCGCACCACAAGUGAGAGAGGUUUCCCUACUCAAGUGGAUGUGGCCAACACCGAACGAGCGCUGCAGGAGAUGCGAGGGCUGAUCUCCAGCAUGCAGCAAGAAAUCGCUGCAGCUGUGGAAGAGAAAAGGAGAAGAGACGAAGAGGAAGAGAGACAAAAGCAAACAGAGUUACUGAAAAAAGAGCAGAUGAAGGCUCAGACUCCCGCCCCUGCACAGCAGUCAGGGGGAAAGCAGCAGAAAGAAGGACUUCAAGUGAAGGCAGAAGAAAGUACCAUGCAGUGGUACCGGCAGCUUCAAGAUGCUGCUGAGCAGUGUGUUGCUUCUUUCAGUGAAAUCAGCAACUGCAAAGACAACAACGAGGUUAAGAAGAUAAAAACAGACUUGCAGAAAGCAGCUACAAUCCCUGUGAGCCAGAUCUCUAGAAUAGCAGGCUCUCAGCUGAGAGAGAUAUUCGACAAGAUCAAUAACCUGCUCUCUGGAAAGUCCGUUCAGAGUGGAGGGCGAACGGUGUCAGUGACACAGCAUCCGCAGGGGCUGGAUUUUGUUUAUUACAAACUUGCGGAGAAAUUUGUGAACCAAGGAGAAGAAGAAGUAGCUUCUCACCAUGAUGCAGCUUUCCCAAUUGCUGUGGUGGCCUCAGGAAUCUGGGAGCUACACCCUCGAGUUGGAGACCUCUUUUUAGCUCAUCUGCACAAAAAGUGCCCCUAUUCCGUGCCAUUUUACCCUGCGUUGAAAGAGGGGACUUCCAUGGAAGACUACCAGAGGAUGCUUGGAUAUCAAGUUAAGGAUUCUAAGAUAGAAGAGCAAGAUCAUUUUCUUAAACGGAUGUCAGGAUUGAUUCGUCUUUAUGCUGCUAUCAUUCAGCUCCGGUGGCCUUAUGGAAACAAACAAGGGGCACAUCCUCACGGGCUGAACUACGGCUGGCGCUGGCUCGCUCAGAUGUUGAAUAUGGAGCCUCUGGCAGACGUGACAGCUACGCUACUUUUUGAUUUUCUGGAGGUGUGUGGCAACGCACUCAUGAAACAGUAUCAGGUUCAGUUCUGGAAAAUGAUGUUGCUUAUCCGAGAAGACUAUUUCCCAAGAAUUGAAGCGAUUACCAGCUCUGGACAGAUGGGCUCCUUAAUGCGUUUCAAGCAGUUCUUGGAGACGUGUCUACAGCAGAAGGAAAUCCCAUUACCAAAGGGCUCUCUGCAGGCUUCCUUUUGGAGAUCAUAAAUCCGUUUAUAUAUCUUUCUCCUUGGAUGUCGGUGCUUUCAGACCUGGAUUCCUGUUUACAUGUAAAUGGAGGAAUGAGGAGAAAAUAAUUCCAUCCAUGCAUUCAUGUUUAUUGCAUCAAGGUUUAUGUUGGGCAGAACAAACUUGCGUUUGUUGCAAAUAAUUUGAAGUUAUUCUUUGCUUUGGAUUUGUGUAAGUUUUUGUAUAGUAAAUUAUGGAAAAUUGAAGGUGCUUCCUUCAUGUGUUUAAACGUGUGGAAGAUGUUUUAAAUAUAGUGUCUUGGUGACCUCUGGGCUUUGGAGGUUAAAGACUCUUGGGCUGAAAAUGUGCACAGCACUGUUGUGUUCCUGAAAGUGAAAAUACCUCACAGCUUUAUGAAGUCUUAACAGAACGAUCGAUCUCGGAAACUUUCAGCUAGAACUUAAUUUUUGUACUUUACUUAUUACAUCUGUCUUUUUAUACUUCAGUUUUAGUUAUGUACUUGCACCCUGUUUGUCUCAACAGCAUCUGAAAACGACAGUGGGGCUGGUAAAGGCGCUUGGCCCAGCGGUGUUGACGCUUCUCUCUAUUGAACGUGACUUUGCUCCAGGAGUCAGAAUUCUCCAUUUCAGAGGGCAGACUCAUGGGUUUAGAAGGUUUGCAUGGAUAAUAGUCAAUUCACGGGGCAGAGUUCCCAAAACUACAGAAAUUCUGUGUCUGAUGGAAGCUAAUAAUCCUUUUUCUUAUUAAAAAAAGGUGGCAAAACGGUGCCUUAAUUCCUUCAUUUGAGCACUUUUGUUGAUGUUCUGCCAUCAUUUGAGAGAGAAAUAGUGGGCUUGGGGUGCCUGAGGUGCGUUUUAUAAAGGCUCUUCUUUUUAUGUAAAUGGAUUUCUUACCAAUGUUACUGUAUUUUAUGCAUCAAGUACUGUAAUACUUUUGUACCAAUGGUGGAUUAUUCUGAGAAUAGUUCAUUCUAGAAAUCUGUUUAAAUUAAUAUUAAAGCUUGAUUUUUCUUCUUAAUCUGAA